AUGGCAAAGACCAGUGGUGAGGUGUUUGGCGUUGUUUUCAUGGCUGUGAUGGUUUUGGCAGCCUCAGAGAUUUACCCAGAAGAAAGAAACGCUCUGUUGCAACUCAGGGAUGGGCUUCAAUCCAAUGCCAAUUUGCAUUCCAAAUGGACAGGCCCGCCCUGCCAGGGGAAUAGCAGCAAUUGGCCUGGAAUUGCCUGCUCCGAUUGGCACGUUACGCGCCUUGUUCUCCCAGGGAUUAACCUCACAGGUUCCCUUCCCGUCUCUUUCCUGCAAAACUUAACUCUCUUGAGUAAGCUCGACCUCACCAACAACUCUAUAUUCGGCCCUCUCCCCAAUCUCUCCUCCCUAUCCCACCUCCAGUUCCUGUUCCUCUCGCAAAACCGGUUUUCGGGUUCUAUCCCGCUGGGAUAUAUUCAUAUCCCGAAUCUCAAAAAGUUGGGGCUUGACCGCAAUGGUCUUCAGGGUUCAAUCCCGCCUUUCGAUCAGACAAGUUUGAUUGGUUUCAACGUGUCGGGAAACCGCCUGGAAGGGAAGAUCCCGGAAACCGCUGCCCUGCAGAGGUUUUCGGAGAGUUCGUUUGGUGAUAAUCCGGGUCUGUGUGGAAAGCCUCUGGACAGACCUUGCCGGAUUCCUCCGCCGCUGCCGCCACCGCUACCUUCUCCGCCGCCGCCUACAAUGAAGAAGAAGAAGAAAGGUGUUGAGGUGUGGAGUAUUGCUUUGAUAGCAGGUGCUGGUGGUGCUCUACUCACUCUCUCCAUCAUGCUUGUUCUCUUCUGGUGUUGCUAUAGAAGGACCCUCAGAAAAAAAGAACAAAGUGAACAAAAAGAGAGGGUUCCAACGGAGCAUACUGAAAGGAGGAGUCCCUGGUCUCGUGGCCCAGAAGACCCAGAGAGAAGAGUGGAGCUGGAGUUCUUCAACAAGGAGGGCAUAACAGGUGGUUUUGAUCUGGACGAUUUAUUGAGAGCUUCUGCAGAAGUUCUGGGGAAGGGGAAGCUCAGCACGACGUACAAAGCGACGCUGGAAGGCGGGAGUGUUGUGGCGGUGAAGAGGCUCAGGCAAAUCAACUCUACGAGUAAGAAGGAAUUCAUCCAGCAGAUGCAAUUACUGGGGAAUUUGAAGCAUGAAAACCUUGUGGAGAUCAUCUCGUUUUACUAUUCUAGAGAUGAAAAGCUGAUUAUAUAUGAAUACAUCCCCCACGGAAGCUUGCACCAGCUGUUGCACGAUAACAGAGGAAUUGGGAGAGUUCCAAUAAAUUGGGAAGUAAGAUUAUCCAUUGUAAAGGACAUAGCCAAGGGACUCGCUUAUCUGCAUCACUCCUUACCAUCCCACAAGGCGCCCCACGGCAACAUCGCCUCCUCCAACAUAUUAAUCCUACAUAGAGACAACAACCAUCGCCAAGCUUACCAACCCAAGCUCGCAGAUUACGGCCUACUGCCCCUUCUCCCAUCGCGGGAAUCCUCGGCAAGACUAGCCGUGGCAAGAUCACCGGAGUUCUACCAAGGCAAGAAGCUGAGCGGCAAGGCGGAUGUGUACUGCUUCGGCAUUGUUCUUCUGGAGGUGAUCACGGGGAAGAGCCCCAGCGCCCUGCAGGCCUCGCCGGGAAACGCCGACGAUGGUGAUUUGACGGAUUGGGUUAAGGAGGUUGUGAACAAUGAUUGGUCUACCGAUAUUCUUGACUUGGAAAUACUUGCGGACAAGGAAGGGUACGAUGAGAUGUUGAAGCUCACGGACUUGGCUUUGCAGUGCACCGAUACGCAGCCGGAGAGAAGACCAACAAUGGGUCAAGUGUUGCGGAGAAUAGAAGAGAUUGAGGGUGAACGUGAAAGGAAACAGUUUGUGGAGUCCCAUGAAUCUCCCCAUCUUUCUUAA